AUGUCAGACAUAAUGCUUGCCGCGGAGUACACCCUGCGCAGGGCGCUGCACGAACAUGCGGGCGACCUCGUGGUCACUGGGAGCCCGCACCUCCUUUGUUCCAGCUUGCCCAAGCACUGGCGAUCCAACAAGUCCCUCCCGACGCCCUUUCGAGUGGUCAGCCUCGUGCCGGUCCCCGACGGAACCAGAGUGGUGCUUAGUGCGGGCAAUGAAGAACGACCAUUUGCGGAACUCAAGAACGCCGUCGCCGUGAUGCAAAAUCAGGAAGCCAGAUUCAAUGACCUCAGAUUUCUUGGACGAAGUGGAAGAGGUGAGUGA